AACUUAAAGUGAACGGUCUAAACGGUGAAAAAAAGGAAUACGAAAACCAAAAAAAAGUCACAAACGGUUUUGGGAAAUGUUACGGCGACAUUACCAAAAGAUGAGUAGAAAGUUUAGUUUUUUGAUAUCGUUAGUAUUAAGCGUGUUGCUAUAUAUAAAUUCAGCCACAUGUCUCGAAACUAUAGCGGAUAUUCAAGCGCCCUUAACGACAACUGCACCCAGUGCUCUCACUAAACCACGUUCUCUGCGUCUACCCAAUUCCACUUAUCCCUUACACUACCACUGGCAUAUCACCACCAAUGUCCACAAAGGUGAUUUGGAUUUUAAAGGAAAUGUGUCCAUAGUUAUAGACAUUAAAGAAUCUACCGAUGAAAUUGUUUUGCAUGCCAAAAAAUUAAGAAAUUUUAGCAUUAUAUGCUAUGAUUUGGAAACUGGUACCCAACUACAGGACUUGACCUAUACUCAUGAUAAUCGCACUAAUUUUCUUAUCAUUCAUGCCCGAGAAUACUAUCAAGUGUUUGAGGUAAUGAAAAAAUAUCGUCUCGAAAUACACUACGAGGGAACCAUGAAUGAAAAGCAUGCAGGGCUCUAUUGGUUAGCCUAUCAGGAUCAUAAUAAUCAGACCAUUUACCAUGCAGCCACACAAUUUGAGCCAACUAGUGCCCGUUUAGCGUUGCCUUGUUAUGAUGAGCCGGCUUUUAAGGCCAAUUUUACUAUACGAGUAACUCAUGGCAAAAUAUACAAUGUCAUCUCCAAUAUGGAUGUGGACAAAGUCAUCGAACACAGCGAUAGUGAUUUAUCCACAACUACCUUCUAUACAACACCGCUAAUGUCCACAUACCUGGUGGCAUUCGUCGUCUCAAAUUUCGGUUUUAUCUCAGAGGAAUAUCGUAAUGUUACUCAACGCCUGUAUACACCACCCACUAGCAAAAAUAAAGGCCUAAAGCAACUUAAAUUUGCCAUACGAACCUUGACUGUUAUUGAGGAUUAUUUAGGUAUUGCUUAUCCCUUGAAAAAACUUGAUCAUAUUGCUUUGAAUAAAAAUUAUGGUGCGGCCAUGGAAAAUUGGGGCCUUAUUACAUACAAGGAAGAUUAUUUACUUUAUGGAGACAGUCAUAUGCAUCAGAGAGUCAAGGAUACCAUGACAAUUGUGCAUGAGGUAUCACAUCAAUGGUUUGGUGAUUUGGUUUCGCCUGAAUGGUGGUCUUAUGCCUGGUUAAAUGAGGGAUUUGCUACAUAUUUUGCUCAUAUUUUUAUUGAUUUGCUUCAUCCUGAAUAUAAGAGUAUGGAAUAUUUUCUAAUUGAAACUGCCGAUAGAGCCUAUAGUUAUAAUGAGUUUAAUAUGAGUCCUCAUCCUAUGACACAUUAUGUGGAAACUGAUCGUGAUAUAACCAUGAUAUUUGAUAUUAUAUCCUAUUCAAAAGCGGCCUGUGUCAUUCGAAUGUUCCAUCAUGCCUUCAAUCAGAAAACAUUUGUUCGUGGCAUUCAGUCAUUUUUAACGAAAUAUCAGUACUCGGUGGCGAAUGAAUUGCAACUGUUCGAUUGCCUGCAAGAGGCGCUUGAAAAAGACCCAGCACUACAUAAUGCCGAAUGGGUGUCGUCGGUAUCGAAUAUAAUGAUGUCAUGGACUCAUAGCAAAUGGAUACCCAUUGUCAAUGUAGUCAGAAACUAUGAAGACAAUACUAUUACCAUAAAACAACGUUCCAAAAAUCCCAAUUAUAAUGAACACUGGUGGAUACCCUUGAAUUUUGCCACUGCCUCAAACAACAAUUUCAAUCGUACUACUGUCGACUAUUUUAUGCCACCCAUACAGGAAGUUACUCUAAAUCUUUCAGACUUUGGCAUUGAAUUGAAAGAGGAUGAUUGGUUGGUGGUCAAUAAGCAACAAACUGGUUUCUAUCAUGUACUCUAUGAUGAUGAAAAUUUACGAAGGAUAGCCCAUGCAUUGCAACAGAAUCAUUUAGUCAUACAUGAAUUUAAUCGAGCCGAUUUAUUUCAAAAUCUUCACUCUCUAAUAGAACAUAAUGAAUUCUCCAUAGAUGUUAUAUUUGAAUUGCUUAAGUACUUAAUUAAUGAGGACAACUUGUUGGUGUGGAACUUUGUUUCACCCACUGUGGAGCUAUUGGAACGCAAUUUAUAUGGCACUCCUUCACAUGAGCUGUUUAAGCAAUUUCUUAAACAAAUCAUAGGACCUAUUUAUCAUAAGCUAAUUUCUCAUGCUCAUAGUUCGGGUAAAAUGAUUACCGACAAAUUGCAUACGCCUCUACUACGUAUGGCUUGCAUUGUGGACCUACCCGAAUGUUUGGAAUACACCCGACAAUUGGGUUUUGACUAUAUCUUUCAAAAUAUCGAAUUCGAAACGGAUAACAAUGAUUUCUUUGUCACCAAAGACACGGUACUAUGUUCGGCCUGCAGAUAUUUAUCAAACGAAGAAUUUAAUUCCAUUAUAAAAGUGGUCUCGGCAACCGAUCGUAAUACAAAACAAUACGAAGAUAUUCUGUAUAAUUUACGUUGCACCCAAAAUUCCGCACAAAUACGUUACUAUUUGGAUAUUGUUUUUGGUGCUAAUUCUACGCAAUUUAUACCCAAUCAAAGUGAAAGUUUAAUUUAUGUCGUCUAUCUCUUCCGUACGAAUAUGAUGGCUCGUGGUGUCAUCUGGCAGUAUAUAUCGAAACAUUAUGAGUAUUUGGUGAGAUCACCAUCGUUUGUAGAUAUUUUCAAUAGAAUAGCAGAAUUUGUGCCAACACAUCGACGCAGUCAGUUCUAUGAUCUACAUCACAAAAUUAUGCGUGAACUGAAAUCCAUGGGCGAGGAGUAUAGCAGUAAUCUGAUAAAAAUUGAUUCACCAAAAAUUGGCAAAAAAGUUAAAAUGAGUGAAUCAUUUCUAGAGAAAUUCGGCAACGAUAUACACAAUUGGUUGUUGGAAAAUCAAAUGCCACCACCUACUUAUGCCGCCUCCAUGAUGGACGUGCAAACACACAAUGGUGGAGCACAACGUUUUGGAAAUAUUUUUCGUUUAGCAGGAAAUCUCUAUAGACAAUUGUAUAGUCAUAUAUGUCGCGGACACGCAAAAGCAAAUGAUAUGUCAACAAAAACUACAAUUCAGCACGUGAAGACAACAUUUCGCUACCAUUUUAUAUGCUGGCGCAUUUUGGGCUUCUUACCAACGAAAAAUUACCGCCAACUCUAUCAAACCUAUGCCAUAUUUUUGAACAUAAUGGUGACGAUCGUUUAUCCAGUACAUUUGAUAAUUGGUCUCAUCUUAAGUACAACUUUAUAUGAUGCAAUUAAAAAUCUGGCUGUGGCGGCAACGGUAUUGCUAUGCAGCAUUAAAACCAUUAUAGUCUGGUUAAAACUUCAGCAUAUUGAUAACAUGUUGGAUAUAAUUAACCGACAAAAUAAACGUAUUUCUUUGCAUAAGGAUGAGGCUCACUACUUUAAAAAUGUGAUUUUAAGAGAUUUAAAUCGUAUAUGGAAAAUGUUUAUGAUCUUGUACUCAACUGCAGGAUUGUUUGGAGAAUUAUCGGUGCUGGUAAAUGGUUUAUGGGGUAGCUGGCGUUUAAUGUAUCCCGCCUAUUUUGUUUUUGAUCCCUACGAGAACUCUACGUUAUACUUUGUGGCUCAUGUUUAUCAAUUUAUUGGUGUGUCGUAUAUAGUACUACAGGAUAUAGUCAAUGAUUCCUUUACCACCAUGCAUUUGGCCUUACUGAGUGGUCAGUUGCGUACUUUGAAUAAAAGAGUAGCCAAACUGGGUGGUGAUCCGAAAAAGACAAAAUUACAAAAUAAUCGGGAACUAUUGGACUGCAUACAGGAUCAUAAGGAUUUAAUGGACAUUAACAUCUGUACUAUUUUGGUAUUUUUAAUACUCUUUGCCAGCGAUGCCUUUACCCUGAUCUAUUAUUUCGUUUAUUUUAUCUCGAUGACAGUGGAAAUUCUGCCCGCUUGCUAUUAUGGCAUUGUUAUUGAAAUCGAAUUUCGAAAUUUAUCUUAUGCUUUAUUCUCCUCCAACUGGUUGGAACAGGAUGAGAAGAAUUAUAACUUUCAUACGCAUGUUGUAGAUCGGGCGUUCAGCAACAUGCAAAGUUUUUCGGUUUUACAUUUGGCUUUAGUCGCUUUAAUUUUAAGCGGAACUGCGGUUUUCGCUUCACCUUACUCCCCACCCCAGGAAUUUGAUAUUUUAGCAGGCCAGGAAAAUCCUAAUGCUCGUUUAGAGCGUGUCGAGGAGUUCCUUAAUUAUCGUCUACCCAAUCAUACCUAUCCGGAACAUUAUGAUAUAGAAUUGACCACUAAUGUUCAUACUGGUGAUAAAGCCUUUAAGGGUAAAGUGACCAUCGAUGUUGUGGUAGUGGAAACUACUAAUGCCAUCGUUAUUCAUGCUCGUCAACUCAAGAACUUUAAGACCACGUUGGUAAAUCCCGUUAAUGGUUUACAAGAAAACUUGAAAUUUGACUACGAAUUGGAACGUGAAUUUUUAACAUUGACUCGUUUGAAUGGUGCUAAAUUUGAAGCUGAUACCAAAUGGAAAGUUACCGUUGAAUAUAGUGGUGAAUUACGUACAGAUAAUGGUGGUUUCUAUUUGUCCAGUUAUACGGGUGUUAAUGGUGAAAAGAGAUAUCUGGCUACAACACAAUUUGAAAGUACCGAUUCCCGUCAUGCUUUCCCUAACUAUGAUGAACCUGCCAAACGUGCCAAUUUUACCAUAACCAUGAUUCAUAGUCCCACCUAUUCAGCCAUUUCAAAUAUGCCUGUCAAUGAAGCUCUCUCCAGUCCCGGUAGAACAGUAUUUUUGACCACCGAUAAAAUGCCCAGCUAUAUAGUAGCUUUUAUUGUAUCCGAUUUUGAACAUAGUGAUGGUGUUUUAAAUGGUUUGCCCCAACGUGUCUUUUCACAUCCCGGCACUAAGCAUGAACAAGAAUGGGCUUUAGUUUCUGGUAUGUUGAUAACCGAACGUUUGGCUCAGUACUAUGGUGUCGAUUAUAUGUUGCCUAAAAUGGAUCAAGCUGCCAUACCCGAUUUUGCUGCUGGUGCCAUGGAAAACUGGGGUUUGGCCACUUUCCGUGAAGAAUAUACUUUGUAUAAUAAAGAAACUUCCACAGUUUAUACUCAGACCAAUAUUGCUAGACUUAUUGCUCAUGAGUUUUGUCAUUUGUGGUUUGGUGAUUAUGUAGCUAUACAAUGGUGGUCGUUCUUGUGGUUAAAGGAAGGUUUUGCUACUCUCUUCGCUUACAAAGGAAUGGAUGAUGCCUAUCCAGAAUGGGGUGUUUGGCAAGAUUUUCAUGUUGGUGAAUUACAAAGUGCUUUAAGCCGAGAUGCUGGUACUAAUCCUAGACCCAUGACUUAUUAUGUGCAAAAACCCAGAGAAAUUUCUCAGACAUUUGAUACCGUAUCCUAUGCCAAGGCUGGUUCUGUCCUACAUAUGUGGAAUCAUGCUUUGACUGAUAAAGUUUUUAAACAAGGUCUACACAACUAUUUGACUAUUAACAAAUACAGUGCCGCCGAUGAAGAGCAAUUAUUCAGCGCUUUACAAAUUGCUGCCAAAGAAGAAGAUUACAAAAUCCCCGCUACCAUGAGUGAAAUGUUAAGCAGUUGGUCUCGCCAGGGUGGUUAUCCUUUGUUGACCGUUACCCGUAACUAUAAUGAUGGUACUUUCACUGUUAAACAAGAAGCCUUUUACAAUGAUGAAACCAUUAAGAAGGAAAAAUCCUGGUAUAUUCCCAUUAACUAUGUGGUGGCCUCAAAUCCUGACUUCCGCGAUACUGAAGCUUCACACUACUUGUUAAAGGUGCCCGAAAUCAAAGUAAAUGAUGAAAAAAUUAACAAAGAUGAUUGGUUAAUACUUAACAAACAAUCCACCGGUUAUUAUCGCAUCAAUUAUGAUGAACAAAACUGGCAACUCAUCUCAGAUGGUCUUAUUAAUAGGCCCUACAGAAUACAUCCCCGUAAUCGUGCUCAGUUGAUGCAUGAUGCUUAUCAGUUUAGUGUUUCGAAACGUUUAGAUCAUAAGAUUCUCUUAAAUAUGAUGACCUAUUUGAAACAAGAAGAUCAAUAUGCUCCCUGGUCAACUGCCAGUGGUAUUGUGAAUGCUUUCAAUCGUUAUUUGAGCGGAGAUGUUAAUUAUGCCCACUUUAAGUAUUUCGUUUCCGAAUUGGUGGCACCUAUAUACGAGAAGUUGGGUGUCAAUGAUGUUCCUGGUGAACAUCAUUAUCAGAAAUAUACACGCAAUGUGGUUAUCAAUUUGGCUUGUUUGGCUGGUGUUAAGGAUUGUUUGGAGGAAACCAAUAAUAAAUUGAAAGCUUAUGUCCAGCAUAAUAUAACCAUUGAACCCAAUCUACAAACACCCAUCUAUUGCAAUGGCCUUAAACAAUCUGGCGAUGAGGAAUUCGAGUUUGUUUACAACAAACUUAUGGAUUCCAACGAUCAAGCUUUACGUCGUGCACUUAUUUCAGCUUUGGGUUGUGCUCAAAAUGAAAAUCAUAUCAAGAAAUUCAUUUACAGUUCCAUCGAUGAGACAAAUAAAUUGCGCAAUCAAGAACGUUAUACACUACUUAGUCCCGCCUAUUCUCGUGGCGAGGUGGGUCUUUUGGCCUGUAUUGAAUUCUUAAAUGAUAACUGGAAUGCUUAUGGUAAUUUGAAGAGUGGUUUUGGUGGCACUAAUCCUUUAGAUGAUGAUAUUCGUAGUAUGGCUUUUUAUGUGGUCAAUAAGAAACAAGAGGAGAAGCUUUUGGCUUUGGUAGCUAAAGUAAAGAAUAGUGAACAUGUAACAGCUAAUCUGGAAACUAGUGUAAAGGUUACAAUUAAAAACAAUUUUGAUUGGUUGGAAAAGAAUCGUAAUCCUCUAAUGUCUUGGUUUGCUCAAUAUCAUGCCGAAAAGGAAGAGGGUAACAAUGGUGGUAAUGAUGGAAAUGAUGACAACGGUGAUGGUGGAAGUGCUAGUCUUACCGCUUCAAGUGUAAUGUUAGGUUCUGUUCUUUUUGUUACCAUCUCCCGUUUGUUUUAGAUAGUUAAGUUAAAUAAUUUAAAAAAAAUUACGUUUAAGUCUUUGUAAAUAUGUAAAUAAGUAAAUCGAGAAUUCUUUAAA